AUGUCGGCAACGCCCAGCCGACGGCCUUCAGCGUUAUCUCAGCCACAAUCAACACAAUCACGCAGACGAAACGCCCACACUUCACAAUCAGAAGCACCACCCCUGCCAGAAUAUGAAAUCCCCGAAGCUCCUCUCACAGCUGAAAGCCAGCGUCAAAUCGCGGCCCUCCUCGCAUCACAGCACCUCCGCACCCUCCGCACCCACCUCCAACAUGCCGCCGAGAAACUUACACACUCGGGUGGUGAAGUUAACGAGCGCCUAAGCGAUGCCAGGACCCGGUAUGAGAAAAUGAAGGAAGCGCGCCGGCGUCAGGGCGACAAGAAUGUCGACGACGACGAGGCCAAUGAGGAGUACCAGCGGCUUGCCGAGGAAGAGACCCGAGUCAAUGCUAUUACUGCGAAGUUGGAGGAGAAGACUCGACUGAUUGUCGAUUCAGAAAUCAAGCUCCAGGGGUUGACGGAUGCGAUGGGUGAAAUCGAAAGGGAGGAGGGCGAGACGGUCGCUGCUGCUUUGGGAGUGAGACAGACCCGUCAACGGCGGGCAAGACAGAGAGCCCGGGGUGGCGAUGAUGCCGAUGGGACUGAGGAUCCGACUGAUGGUGACUACGAAGACGAGCAGGAGAAGGAGAUGCGGGAGCGCAAUGCACAGAACCCGCCUAGUCGCAAACUGGUGGAUAAGUUGACGAAGGGUGUUCAGAAAUGGAAUGAGCUUUCUUUGACAGAGAGGUAUGCCAGCAAUAACUCCUACAUCGGCUUCUACCGCAUGGUACACGACUCCAAAUUCCCCGGCGACGACGUCCCGCCACUGCCUCAUUCAUCUACAUGGUUCGACCACAUGGACGCUACGAAUACGCGAUCAGGGGCCGCUGCACGUACACGCAACCAGAACCGUCGCGCCUCGCCCACCGGUUCCGACGACGACAUUGCCAUUGAGCGCGAGCGCAUCUCCCUCAAAUGCCCGUUGACGCUCACACCGUACCAGGAUCCCGUGACGAGCACCAAAUGUCCGCACAGUUUCGAGCGGGAGGCUAUUAUGGAUAUGAUCAAUCGCAGCCCGACGACUAUUGCGCCCCCGGCCUCUCGUCGGGGCCAGCGCCGCGUGCAUGUGGUCAAGUGUCCUGUUUGUUCUAUUCCGUUGACCGCGGACGAUCUGCGGCCAGAUCCAGUUCUCCUCCGACGUGUGCGCCGUGCCCAAGAGCUCCAGGAGCGCGAGGAAGAAGAUGAUCACUUGGAAGGGGAUGGGAGAAAGCAGAAGGAUCGCAGUACCGGCAUUGCCUUGGAUAGUGACGUGGAAAGUGAUGAUGAUGCUAUGGAUGUUGAUGGCCCCCCUCCCUCACAGCAUAUCAAACUGGAGCCGCUUAGUCAGGCUGCUCGGGCCGUUCAAUCUGAGGAGUCGAGCGACGAUGCGGAGAGUGAAGAUGCUGAGGUUGAGGAUGUGGAGAUUGUGGAGAAUGCGGAAGGGGAGAGUGCAGAGGGGGGGAGUGCAGCAGUGGAGACUGACGAAGUGGAGAUUGAACAAGAACAGAACGAACAGGUGGAAAUUGAAGAACCGCACAACGAACCAGCGGAGAAUGAAGUGGAGAAUGAAGUGGAGAUUGAGGAACCGGACAACGAAGAAGUGGAGACUCGAGUUGAGACUGACGAGCUGCAUGAAGAGGUGGAAACCGACGAAUCCGGGAACGAAGUCAGUCAAGAUGAAGAAAUGUACGAGGAAGUGCCCAAUGAAAGGCCGAACGAAGAAAGACCCCGUGAAGAUGCGGAGAGUGACGCGCAGGAUCCAGGUGUGGAGUCUCAGGAUAUACCACCCGCGGAUUUGCAGAGUGAGAAGGGGGAAGAUAACAGUGAGGACAGUGAAGACACUGACAGUAGUGAUCUUGAACCCAAAGUCGAGAAUGAGUCCGAGGAAGAAAGCGAGAGCGAUUGA